AGGCUGCGUGAGGUACUGUGGAGGCCCGGAGCCCGGAUUUGAGGCUCGGGUUCUCGGGUUGUGUGGAGGUGUUGGUGGCGUUUGUGUGCGGCGCCGAUGCGCGCUGCUCCUGCUGCAGAGAGGAAACCUCAGCCUGGGCCAUGAGGGGGCCAUGAGGGGGCCACUCGUCCGUCAUCUGGUGUGGCUUGGUUAAGCUGACGCCCCUGCUGCGGCCCGGGGCCCGGGGCAGGAGUCAAGCCCCCCGUCGGCAUGCAGCUCCUGCUUCCCUGGCCUUGACGGGGCACUGCCAUGGCUUCUCUGGAUGACCCUGGAGAAGUGCGGGAGGGCUUCCUGUGCCCGCUGUGCCUCAAGGACCUGCAGUCCUUGUCUCAGCUGCAGUCGCACUACGAGGAGGAGCACUAUGGGGAGGACCGCGAUGUCAGAGGACAAAUCAGAAGUCUUGUCCAGAAGGCUAGGAAAGCAAAGAACAAGUUGUUGAAACGAGACGGUGACGAUCGAGCAGAAUCAGGGACCCAAGGAUAUGAGUCUUUCAGCUAUGGCGGAGUUGAUCCUUACAUGUGGGAACCCCAGGAGCUUGGUGCUGUGAGAAGCCAUCUUUCUGACUUCAAAAAGCACCGAGCUGCCCGAAUUGACCACUAUGUUGUUGAAGUCAAUAAGUUAAUAAUCAGGCUAGAGAAGCUCACUGCAUUUGACAGAGUGAAUACUGAGUCUGCAAAAAUUCGAGCAAUAGAAAAGUCCGUGGUGCCUUGGGUCAAUGAUCAGGAUGUCCCUUUCUGCCCAGACUGUGGGAAUAAGUUCAGCAUCCGUAACCGCCGCCACCACUGCCGCCUCUGCGGGUCCAUCAUGUGCAAGAAGUGCAUGGAGCUCAUCAGCCUCCCCUUUGCAAACAAGCUCACCAGUGCCAGCAAGGAUUCCCUGAGCACCCACACCAGUCCCAACCAGUCGCCCAACAGUGUGCACGGCUCCCGCCGGGGCAGCAUCAGCAGUGUGAGCAGUGUGAGCUCGGUCCUGGACGAGAAGGAUGAUGAGCGGAUUCGCUGCUGUGUGCACUGCAAGGACACACUGCUCAAGAGGGAGCAGCAGAUGGACGAGAAGGAACGCACGCCCGAGAUCGCGAAGCUCUACGAGAAAUUGCGACUUUGCAUGGAGAAGGUUGACCAGAAGGCCCCCGAGUACAUCAAGAUGGCAGCAUCGUUAAAUGCUGGGGAGACGACCUAUAGCCUGGAGCAUGCAAGUGACUUACGAGUGGAGGUGCAGAAAGUGUACGAGCUCAUAGAUGCUUUAAGUAAGAAGAUCUUAACCUUGGGCUUGAACCAGGACCCUCCACCACAUCCAAACACCUUGCGGCUGCAGAGGAUGAUCAGAUACUCUGCGACACUUUUUGUGCAGGAAAAGUUGCUUGGUUUAAUGUCACUGCCAACCAAAGAGCAGUUUGAGAACCUGAGGAAGAAAAGGAAGCAGGAGACGGAGAUGAAGAGGCUCAAGGAGAGACAGGUUGCCCUUGAGUCCCGGCAUAAACUUCAGGAAAGGCACAGCAGCCUGAACUCCUGGAUGGCCAACGGAGAGCUGGCUGCUCUCCACGGGGGCCCUGCCCCUCUAAGAAAGGCUGAGGGCUGGCUCGCACUGUCAGGGAGUCAGGGGCAAAGUGAAGACCCCGAUCCGCUCCUCCAGCAGAUCCAUAACAUCACGUCAUUCAUCACGCAGGCGCAGGCUGCCGGCCGCAGCGACGAGGUACGUACGCUGCAGGAGAACCUGCGGCAGCUGCAGGAUGCCUAUGACCAGCAGCAGACGGAGAAGGCCAUCGAACUGUCCCGGAGGCAGGCCGAGGAGGAGGACCUGCAGCGGGAGCAGCUGCAGAUGCUCAGGGAGCGCGAGUGGGAGCGGGAGCAGGAGCAGGUCCGGGCCGCGUCCCUGCAUGUGCGCACUCGGUCCCUGGACUUUGGAGAGCUUGGGCCUUUCCAGCGGGAGUCUGGCAGAGAGCCUCGCGCCGGCCCGGAGCGUGCUCUGGAUCUGGGCCCCUUCUUAGAGCAGAGCGGCGCGGCUCCCAACACCUCUUCCCCCAGCCCAGCCUGGGAGCCCGGCCUCGGCCAGGACUUCCUUCCCCCGGCCUCCACAGCGCAGCCACACGAGGUGCCCUCCCGGAACCCCUUUGAGGAGGAAGAGCUCUCCAGCUCCACGGAGGAGAAGGACACUGGCCUCCUUCCUGCUGCAGCAGCUUCCCUCAGCCCUGCAGCCCAUGGCCCGAAGGAGUACAAUCCUUUUGAGGAAGAGGAGGACGAGGUCGUGGCAGGGAAUCCCUUCACCAGCCCAGAUAGCCCGGCUCCCAACCCCUUUGAGGAGGAGGAUGGACCUCCCCCGCUGCGGCCGGCAAGCCCUCCUGGCCCCGGCAACCCCUUUGAGGAAGCUGCCGGCCCCAACCCCUUCGAUGUGGACAGCGACAGCGGGCCCGAGGCCGAGGAGUGCAUAGAGGAGGAGCUGCUGCUGCAGCAGAUUGACAACAUCAAGGCCUACAUCUUCGACGCCAAGCAGAGCGGCCGCCUGGACGAGGUGGAGGUCCUGACGCAGAACCUGCGGGAGCUGAGGCGCACGCUGGCCAGGCAGCAGGGCGGCCCCGCCUGAGAGGGGCAGGGGAAGGGCAGGUGGGGCUGCUGGGGAGCAGGGCGCACGGUGUGAGGGGCACACGGGAGGAUGGGAGCCGUGCCAUUCUGGGCUGUGCACCUGGGGGUGUUUCCACUCUAGAUGAAUAAUUAAAUGGGAACCAGUACAGGAAGAAUCAG